GGAGGGAAGAAAAAUAGUUAAUAAUUUACAAUUUAAAAUAGUUAGUUAAUUAAAUUAAUACUAUAUAAUAAUAUGGACAGAGAAUCAAUUUGUUUCCCUUCUACAAAAUCACGUCGAAAUAGAGAGUAGGGACCACCAAUCCAUAUUCGGAGGACCUUCUCAACUGACCAUUGCCAACUCUUUCUUCAAUCUUCAGAGUUCAUAGCUUAUUCUUUUACAGCUCACUCUUCGCCAUGGAUAUUGUGACUGCUUUUGGAGGCUCUAUCCUCGCUUUUUGCUUUCAGGGGCUUCUCGACAGGUUGAGUUCCGUUGACUUGAUGAAAUACGUUGGCCAAGGCCAAGUCCUGGCUCAACUCAAGAAGUGGGAGAAGAUGCUCAAGAGAAUUCAUGCGGUGCUUGAAGAUGCAGAGGAGAAGCAGACGGCAAAUCGAUUGGUGGGGAUCUGGUUAUGCGAUCUCAGAGAUUUGGCUUACGACCUGGAGGAUAUCAUUGAUGAACUUGCCACGGAGGUUCAGCGACGCAAGUUGGAAGACGAACCUGUUCGUCCAAAUAAUAAGGUGCACAGUUUUUUCUCUAUUAUGUGUGGUGGAGUGAAUCUAAAUCUAAAUACCAUUAAGUUCAAUGCUGAAAUGGUUGCCAAAAUAGAGGAAAUGAGUGCUAGAUUAGAUGAGAUCAUAAAGCAGAAAGAUGAACUUCGUUUAGUAGAGUAUUCUAGAAAGAGGGUUAGGCAUGUGACAGAAAGACCACCCUCAACCUCUUUGGUUAAUGAAGCGAAGGUUUAUGGUAGGGAGGAAGAUAAGAAGGCGAUGCUGAAAUUGUUGAAUGCUCAGACAAGUGAUGUGGAGGUCUCUGUGAUUCCCAUAGUUGGGAUGGGAGGGCUUGGCAAGACAACCCUAGCUCAGCUAGUCUACAAUGAUCCCACGUUGGAGUUUGAUUUGAAAGCCUGGGUUUCUGUUGGCGAAGAUUUUGAUGUUUUGACCAUCACCAAAACAGUUCUUCUUCAAUUGGGUGAUGGUGGUGAAUAUAAAGAUUUGGAUUCACUCCAGGUAAAAUUGAAGCAAAAGUUCUUCCAGAAAAAGUUUUUGGUGGUCAUGGACGACGUCUGGACUGACAACUAUGAGCAAUGGACUCUGUUUCGGAGUCCUUUUGAAGCAGGGUCGAACCAGAGCAGAAUUAUCAUCACAACUCGCAGUCAGGAGGUUUCAUUGAUGAUGGGUACUACUUCAGCUUAUCCUCUCAAGCAGCUAUCGUAUGAUGAUUGUAUGCGCGUGUUUGCCCAACAUGCUUUGGGAGCAACAAGUUUUGACGGGCACUUGGAGCUGAAAGAAAUGGGUGAGGAGAUUGUCAAAAGAUGUGGAGGAUUACCUUUGGCAGCAAAAGCUCUUGGAGGCAUCUUAAGGGGUAAACCAAAUCCUAAAGUGUGGGAGGAAGUGUUGAGCAGUGGGAUAUGGAGAUCACCAGACUACAGGAGCAAUGUUCUUCCAGCCUUGAGAGUGAGCUAUCUUCAUCUUCCACCUCAUUUAAAGCAGUGUUUUGCUUAUUGUGCAAUUUUACCAAAGGAUCACGAGUUUGAUAGAAAUGAGUUGGUUUUGUUGUGGAUGGCUGAGGGUUUCUUGUAUGAUAAGAAGGAAAUGAAAGACAAUGAAGAUUUGGGUCAUAAAUAUUUUGAUGAGUUAUUAUCAAGAUCUUUUUUUCAACAAUCUAAUGAUAAUAAAUCAAUGUAUAUAAUGCAUGACCUAAUUAUUGAUUUAGCUCGCUAUGUUAGUGGGGAAACAUGUUUACAUAUGGUUGAUAAGUUGGAGAGUACAAAAUCAUAUGCAAAGAUUCGACAUUCGUCAUUUAUUGCUCAGUACAGAAACACUUUUCAAAGAUUUCAAAGCUUCUAUGAAAUGAAGAAUUUGCGGACAUUUUUAUCAAUGUAUCACGACAAUAACUGGAGGUGCCAUUUAACUGGUAAGGUGGUGCAUGACUUGGUGCCAAAAUUGAAAUGCUUAAGGUCACUAUCUCUAACUUAUUAUGCAAUUGAGGAGUUGCCAGAUUCUAUUGGUGGCUUAAAGCACUUACGCUACCUUGACUUAUCUUAUACUAGAAUCAAAAGGUUGCCUGAAUCAGUGGAUAAACUCUUCAAUUUACAGACAUUGAAGUUGCGUGGUUGUGAUAUCCUUACGAGGUUACCUAGUGGCCUAUGCAAUUUACUCAACUUGCGGCAUCUUGAUAUUGUGGGCACAAGGAAAUUGAAAGAGAUGCCACCACAUAUUGGUAAUUUGACUGGUCUAUGCCUGUUGACCAAGUUUGUAAUUGGGGGAAGCAAUGGACGAGUCACAGAGUUGAAGAAGCUUUCUGGCCUACAAGGGCAACUUCACAUUGAAAAUUUAGGGACGGUAGUAGAUAUUCAAGAUGCAGAUUUGGCCAAUAUGAAGGAUAAGCAUAUCAGUAAAUUAAACUUGGAAUGGAAUCAGAGCGGUACUUGGAUUGGGCCUCGUGAAUUUUCCUAUGACUUGAUAAACUCAAGUGACGAAGAACAAGUUCUUAACUCAUUACGGCCACAUCAAAGUCUGUCAAGCCUUUCAAUUGUAUCAUUUGGUGGAAGGAAAGUCCCAUUGUGGCUGGGAGAUCCUUUGUUCACUAGCAUGGUAGAGGUGAAGUUGUGCUAUUGUGACCAAAUCACAUCAUUGCCACCACUUGGGCGACUAAAAUCCCUGAAAAAGUUAAGCAUAAAAUGUCUGGAUAAAGUGAAAGAAGUAGGAGUAGAGUUUUAUGAGGAUGAUUCAUGUUUUCCUUGUUUGGAGACACUCGAGAUUAUCAGUAUGGUUCAAUUGAAGCUGUGGACUUGGUCUAUUGAUCUGGUUGAAGAUUAUGUCCCAAAAUUCCCUAAGCUACGUAAGCUUCGAAUAGUGAGUUGUCGUGAUUUUGUUGGAAGACUGCCCACAUUCCUUCCUUCCCUAGAAGAACUUGAUAUUUUUGGAUUUGAAAAGUUAGUUGAUUUGCCAAAAAUGCUUCCAUCACUUUUAACAUUCUCUAUUAAUGGCUCUCAUGGUCGGGAUCAAUGUCGAGGGGCAGUUCUCAGAAGUGUGGCUAAUUCCCCCUCUCUAACUACCUUAAAAAUUAGUUUCCUUUCAAGGCUUGUGAGAUUAGAUGAAGCUGUAAUAAAGACCUUGAGGUCACUAAAAGUUUUUGAGAUUAGUUAUUGUUUUGAUCUGAGAUGCUUGUGGAAUGAUGGAACGAAUUCAGACUAUCUUACUAGUCUAAAGCAUUUGGAAAUCAAGGAUUGUCCGGAGCUUGUGUUAUUGGUGGAUGGGGAGGAAGGGUUUUUGCCUGGCAAUCUAGAGAUUUUGAGCAUAGAAGGAUGCCUAAAUCUGAAGGUGUUGCCAAAUGGGCUGAGCAACCUCAAGUCUCUAAAUUCUUUGAGUAUCAGCUCAUGUAGAAGUUUAGUCUCUUUCCCAGUAAGGGGUUUGCCACACAGCUUGGUAUGUCUUAGAAUCGAAAACUGUGAUUCUUUGGAGUCGCUGCCGGAGGGAAUGAUGCAAGACCAUUAUUACAUUAGCGAGACGUCUCAUCUUGAGAAAUUGUAUAUCAGGGGAUGUGAAUCUCUCAGGCAAAAUCAUCCAAAUUGCAGGUUUCCUGAUUCCCUAAAGACCCUUGAGAUUCACAACUGUCCGUCACAAACCUUAAACUCGCUAUAUUAUGGGCUUUCUCAUCUCACAGAAUUACGAAUAUCAGAUUGUCCUCAAUUAGAGUCAUUUCCAGAGAAGGAAUUGUCCAUCCCCAGUAUUGUAUCAUUGACAAUUUCAGACUGUGGAAGAUUAAGGUCUCUAUCCAAUCACAUGCAAAACCUCCGUUGUCUAGAAAAUCUACAAAUAGAGGACUGUUAUCAGUUAGAGUUGUUCCCAGAAAUGGGAUUGCCCACCCCCAAGCUUGUCUCUUUAACAUUUGCUCGGUGCAAAAAGUUGAGGUCUCUACCCAAUCAGAUGCAAAACCUUACUUGCCUUCGAUUUCUACGUGUAUAUGGCUGUGAUUAUAUAGAGUCCCUAACUGAAGGGUGUUUACCGCCAAACCUAUCUGAGCUUUCGAUCAUUGCUUGCGAUAAUCUAAAACAGCCGAUGCCAGAGUGGGGACUCCAUAGACUCAACUCUCUUACAAAAUUGAGUAUCAGUAACACAAAGUCAAAUAGAGAUAUGAUUUCCUUUCCAGAUGAUGAUGGCUUACUACUUCCCGGUUCUCUAACCUAUGUCAAAAUCUCUUAUUUCGAAAAUCUGAGAUCCAUAUCAAGGGGCAUCCAAAAGCUGACCUCUCUUAAAAGCUUACAUAUUUGUGGCGAGAAACUUCAGUCCUUCCCAGAUGUGGGCUUCCCUGCUACACUUGAAGAACUAUCUGUUUAUGGCUGUCCUCUACUGCAAGAUCGUUGCUUAAAAGAUAGAGGAGAUUACUGGCCAAUCAUUUCUCAUAUCCCCAUUGUUUGUAUCAACAAUCAGAACGAAGUAACAAAAGAUUAUAUCUUACGCAAAUGGUAGGGUCUGCAUCGUUCUGCAAGUCAGUGCAGGGAACAUUUGCAAACUUCGCUCGAGUGAAUGUCCUGUUUCUUAUGCUACCCGAACUUUACCAUAAUUUUGAUAUGGGCAUCAGUUUUCGAAUCUGUCCUGGUCCUUGUUUUCCCGUCCAUCUUAAUCCAAAUUUGCUAGUCCAAAUGAAGACAUGAAACUCAGCUGAUUUUGAGUUCGUCUGAGGAUAUUUGCCCGAAGCUGCAUACAGUUUCAUCUUCUGUAUAAAUUUCAAAUCAAUUUUAAACUUUGAGAAAGGAAAUGAUGGCAACUUGAGAAAUGUAUAUGCGUGCUCCUUGAGAAGGCAGACAACCUAGUUGCAUAAAAAAAUUUUCAAGUGGCCUUGCUAGAAUUGCUCCCUUUCAGGUAUUGCAAACUGUGGCUUCCGCAAAGUGAGCGCAAGACUUCUUCAGGUCGUGGGAUUUAUUGAAGAUGAUGAUAAUAGGAGAAUGCUUCCGCACUCACAGACUUAAUUUGGUGGUAAGUGUAUUUGAAUAAAUUUGAUAGAAAUUAAAAUUUUACUCCUUCAAUUUUCAAUUUCCAAUUAAAAAAAAGGAGAAUGAGAUAAAAGACAUAGCCAUCUAGAGAAUCAAGCAUUUGGAGCUUUUUCCAAUGAUUAUUGUGUUUCCUGAGCAUAUUGUUGUAAAUAUUUUGUAAUCUGUGAGGUCUAGGAGUAGGUAGAAAUAUACAUGUAUACGUAUAAAACUUUAUUGAUUUUCAGGUAAUAAUAUCUCCCGCAAUU